UCAGACGGGUAAGUUUUGGCGGGAAAUGUCAAUGUUUACAAGAGAACAGCUGAGCGUGACGCGCCAUGAUCACCAAGAAGGAACUGAUUUGGUCUUUCCAGCUCCACGGCAUGCAUCUGCGAGGAGAUGCAGCAAACUACCUGUCUGAGCUGCUGGAGCCACUGCCCCAGGAAGAACACAAGAAGUGGGUGGAUGCAGUGGUGGAUGCCAUGUACAAAAUUCCCCUCGCCUCUAAUGAGAUCACCAAGGAGGCAAUCUACAAGGCACAGGAAGUAGGGAGUGAGGAGAACAAUGAUCUGGACAACAUCCUGGAGGUGAUUGACAUUUACAAGAUCCCAAAGCUGGUGCACAGUGAGGCCAAGGGGAAGUACAUACUGGAGACAACAACAACACACAACUUGCAUGGAACGGCAGCAGACAAGACAGCGCUGUUCAUGAACAGGUAUGCCAUGAUCUAUAGCCGCACCAGCAACCAUGAACUGUUCAGGCGACGAACAAUGGCCAGGAGUGACGCAGCGAUGGCUUACUCUCUCAUGAAGGUGGUGUCGCUGGUGGGGGCCAGCCAGCAGACAAAGGUGCUGGUGCUGGGCCUCCUCACUAAGCUGGUGGAGGGCAAGUACCAUCUGGAGGAUGACACUGGGAAUGUGGAAGUGGACCUCACCAAUGUUCAGUUCAAGAAUGGGCUCUUCACGCUGAACUCUAUCGUGCUGGUGGAGGGCUGGUACGACAACAAUGUCCUGCACGCUGAGACUAUCGGCAUGCCCCCACCAGAGCCACCCAGUCUGUCCAGGGAGCGUAUGGGGCUGAAGAAUGAGAACUACUUUGGUGGCUCCAGCAGAAAGAGUGUGAAGGCCACGGAGCGUCUGGUGAGGCUGGAGCAGGAGAACAAGGAGGCGAUGUUUGUGGUGCUCUCUGAUGUGUGGCUGGAUGUUACUGAGGUCAUGGAGAAAUUGCAAAUAAUGUUCACCGGGUAUGCAGACUUCCCCCCUGUGGCGUUCAUCUUCUGUGGAAACUUUUUCUCCAAGAGGCAAGUCAGCAAGCAGAUGAGUGAGGUACGCAAGGCAUUUGGAGCACUGGGAAAUCUCAUUGCAGGAUUCCCUAACCUGAUGGAAAACACAAAGUUCAUCUUCGUGCCGGGAGCCACCGACCUGGGGCCCAGUGGCAUAUUCCCCAGGCCCCCAAUACUUCAGUAUGCCACAGAGCCUCUUCGCCAGGCUGUUCCCUCGGCCUGCUUCGCCACCAACCCCUGCAGGCUGGUGUACUGCACACAGGAGAUUGUCAUCCUGAGGGAGGACAUGGUGACCAAGAUGUGCCGCAACUGUGUCCACUUCCCUCAGGAUGGUGAUGUGGCGGCACACGUUGGCAAGACAAUGGUGAACCAGGGCCAUCUUGCACCACUAUCCUUGUUUGCCAUGCCAGUGUACUGGGCACUGGACCACUGCCUCAUGCUGCACCCCACCCCGGAUGUCAUCAUUGUGGCUGACAAGGACUCCUUCACCACCAGUUACAAUGAGGCCAACAUCUUCAGUCCGGGUUCCUUUGUCUCCAGUGACUUCUCCUUCAAGGUGUACUACCCGGCAGCACGGCAGGUGGAGGAGAGUCAGAUAAAGGAGGAGGAGAGAUAGUGACUGUACUGUAGUGAGGUGCUGUUACUGGAUCAGAAGAGGACUUGGCUUCCUCUGUGUGAGUGUCAGGGUGUGGUGCUGUGUGUCUAUCUUCUCUCAACUUGUGCUGAAAGAUUUGACUGUGGUGCUGCCUUGCUCUUAGAAUGCAGGCGGAACAGUAGAUACAGAACAUUUAACUACUCUGUUCAAGACUGGCAGUCUGCACAAGGUGGCCCAGCAAGGCUCUAUACACACACACACACACACACACACACACACACACACACACACACACACACACACACACACACACACACACACACACACACACACACACACACACACACACA